AUGACAGUAACUAGUGGAAAGGCCUCACCACCAAUUGCCAUGAUCGUGGCUGCCCUUUUACCAGAGUUAGGAAUUGGUAUAAAGGGAAAGAUGCCAUGGAGAUUGAAGCAAGAGAUAAAAUACUUCAAGAAUGUCACAACUACAACUAAAGACCCUAAUAGCAUAAACGCGGUUAUUAUGGGACGUAAGACAUGGGAAUCAAUCCCCACUAAAUUUAGACCGCUUCCAGGACGCUUGAAUAUAGUUUUGUCUAGAUCAUACGUCAAUCAUGGGUCGAAUGAUGAGAACAUAAUAUUAACAAAUUCUAUUGAAAAUGCUUUGGAUAAAAUAGAAGGGUACGGUAAGCCAGUAGAGAAAAUAUUUGUUAUUGGGGGAUCAGAAUUAUAUAACAAGCUCAUUUCACACGAGAAAGUACAACAUUUGCUUAUCACAGAAAUUAAAAGCACCAAACCGGUGGAGGUCGAUACAUGGUUGAAAUUUCCAAUAUAUACAGAAUCAAGUGACUGGGCCAAACAAUCGAACGAAGAUUUGCUGAAAUUUACAGGAAUUGAUAAUGAAGACGUGGAAGUCACGGAAGGCGAUUUCACGUACAAGUAUACUUACUGGAAGAAAAAAGUAUAA